CUUAAUUUAUUUUUGAGUUGAGCAUCUUUGGAAAACCUUCACUUUACAUUGUUAGUAAGAGUGUCAAGCAGUCAUCAGAAAAAUAGUUCCACAAUUCGGGAGGCUUGCAAUGAACCUCAUUUUCUGCAUUGGAUUUGCAAUCUUGGUUUUGCAGUCCACCUCCUAUCCAUUGAUUCAAGGCAAAGAAAGAGAUUGUAUAACAGUUAUACUACUAAGUUAUGAAUCUUCUGAUUAUGAUAGCAGCGGUGAUAACUCUUAUGAAGACUCGUCUGAAGAAUAUGACUCAGAAGGUGGUGGAGAAGACGAUUCAGUUUUAAGAAGUCUAUCUGGAAAUCAUGAAGGACAGAAUGGCAGCGAAAGGCAUGGGAAACAUGGAGGAAGACAUCGAGGCCAUGGACAUAGAGACCAUUCCAGGGAAGAUGGUAUUCCAAGACAUGCUCAUGAUAGAGAAAGCCAAGCACCCGAGAGAUACGAACAUGAAUAUAAUGAAGGCGAUCAUGAACCAGAAGAAGGUGCGCAUAGUCCUGCAAGACAUCCGUAUAGAAAUCAUAGAUCAAGACAUCAUGAAAGGAGUCAUAAACCAGAAAGAAGUGGUGACGCUCCAGAGGAAACUGAAGGAAUAGAAAAAGACUCUGGAGAGGGAAGUAGUGGUUCAGGGGGAAAUGAUGGGCUUAUAAGAAACGAUGAAAUACUGGGAGGCACAGGUGAUAGUAGUGCUUUGGGUAAAAAAGACGAUAAGUUAAAUGGCGCUGGGGAAGAAAGCGGUGGACUUGAGGGAGUUGAUACUGGCUUAGAAAAACAAAAGGUGAGCGAUGCAGGUGGUAAAGAUGGUGAUUUAAGCGGAGCUGAUGGAAUUUUGGGGAAGAAGGAUAAUGAUAAAGCUGGAAAUGUAGGCGGCAACCAAGGAGUUGGUGAUAACUUAGAAAAGAAAGAUGAAUUGUUAGGAGAUGCAAAUGGAAAGAAUGGCGCAGUUGGUGGAGGAGAUAAAGAUGGUGGACAAAACAGUGCUUUAGGUAAGAAGGAAGAAAAAACAAAAGAUGCUGAUGGUAAAGACAAAGAGGGAGAUGAUUCGGGAAAAAAAGAUGACUUGUUGAAAGAUGUUUCUGGAAAAGACGGUGUUAUAAGUGGCGCUAGUGGUGGUUCAGAAAAGAAAGAUGAAACGCAGGAAAAUACUGGAGAUAAAGACAUCGGUUUGAAGGAAACAGAUGGUGGAGCUCCUGGAAAAAAAGAAGGUAUUCUAAAAGGAGGAGGUAAAAAAGAUGGCUUGGGAGGAACUGGUGAUUCUAUAAGUAAGAAAGGCAAAACGUCAAAAACUGCAAACGGGAAAGAUGGUGGAUUAGGGGAAAGUGGGGGAGUUUUAAAAAAGAAGGACGAAACUUUAAAUGGAGCAGGGGGGAAAGAUGGUGCUACUGAUAGUAUCUUAGGAAAGAAGGAUGGUAAAGAUGAUGGUUUAGGUGGAACUGAUGAAAGCUUAAAAAAGAAAGCAGAAAUUGGGAAGGCAAAGGAAGGAAAAGAGGGGGAAUUAGGAGGAGGUAAUGGUGACUCAGAGAAAGACAAAAAGUUGUUGGAUAAUGUUGGGGGUAAAAAAGGUGACUCUGAUUCUGCUUUAGAAAAAAAAGACAAAAAGUUGAGUGAUAAAGAUGGUGCAUUAGGAAAAAAGGAUGAAGUGUUGAAUGACAAAGAUGGUGGAUUGGGAAAAAAAGAUAAAUUGUUAAGCGACAAGAAUGGUGGAUUAGGAAAUAAAGGUGAAGUGUUGAGUGACGAGGAUGGGGGAUCAGAAAAAAAAGAUGGACUGUUGAGUGACAAGGAUGGGGUAUUGGGAGAAAAGGAUAAAACGUUGAAUGACAAGGAUAGUGGAUUAGGAAAAAAGGAUGGAAAGCUGAGUGACAAAGAUGGGGGAUCUGAAAAAAAAGAUAAAUUGUUGAGCAACAAGACUGAUGGAUUAGGAAAAAAAGAUGAAGUAUUGAGUGACAAGGAUGGGGGAUCAGAAAAAAAAGAUGGAAUUUUGAAUGACAAGGAUGGGGUAUUGGGACAAAAGGAUAAAACGUUGAAUGACAAGGAUAGUGGAUUAGUAAAAAAGGAUGGAAAGCUGAGUGACAAAGAUGGGGGAUCGAAAAAAAAAGAUAAAUUGUUGAGCGACAAGACUGAUGGAUUAGGAAAAAAAGAUGAAGUAUUGAGUGACAAGGAUGGGGGAUCAGAAAAAAAAGAUGGAAUAUUGAAUGACGAGGAUGGGGUAUUGGGACAAAAGGAUAAAACGUUGAAUGACAAAGAUAGUGGAUUAGGAAAAAAGGAUGGAAAGCUGAGUGACAAAGAUGGGGGAACGGAAAAAAAAGAUAAAUUGUUGAGCGACAAGACUGGUGGAUUAGGAAAAAAAGAUGAAGUAUUGAGUGAUAAGGAUGGGGGAUCGGAUAAAAAAGAUGGAAAGUUGAGUGACAAAGAUGGGGGAUCGGAAAAAAAAGAUGGAGUGUUGAGUGACAAGGAUGGUGGAUCGAAAAAAAAAGAUAAAUUGUUGAGCGACAAGACUGGUGGAUUAGGAAAAAAAGAUGAAGUAUUGAGUGAGAAGGAUGGGGGAUCAGAUAAAAAAGAUGGGAAGUUGAGUGACAAAAAUGGGGGAUCGGAAAAAAAAGAUGGAGUGUUGAGUGACAAGGAUGGUGGACUAGGACAAAAGGAUAAAAUUUUGAAUGACAAGGAUGGUGGAUUAGGAGCAAAAGACAAAAUUCUGAAGAAAGAUGAUGGUAAAGAUAGUGGAUUAGGAGGAACUAAUGAUGCUUCUGGAAAGGACAAAGUACCAGGUAUUGCAGGUGAUAAGGAUGCUGUAGGAAAAAAGGACGAAAAAUUAAAAGAUACGAAUGGAAAAGAUAAUUCUCCUGGUGGGGCAUUAGAAAAAAAGAAUGAUAAGUUAGGUAGCCCAGGUGGAAAAGAUGAUGAUUUAGCUGGAGCUGGUGGUGACUUAGGAAAGAAAGAAAAAAUUCUAAAGGAUGGUGAAAGCAAAGACGGUGUAUUAGGUGGAGCUGAUGGUGCUUUGGGGAAAGAGAAAAAGUUAAAUAUUGGAGGUGAGAAAGCUGGCAGUUCAGGUGAAGGGGGAGAUUCAAAAAGUUCAGAUGGUGGUUUGGGAAAGGAAGGUGAAAAGUUAAAAGGAGUUGAAGGAAAUAAAGACGGUUUAGGAAAUACUGAUAACGUGUUAAAAAAGGAUGAAAAGAUGAAGGGUUUAGGUGGGGCUGGUGGUAGUGGAGAUGGUUUAGGUGGAAGUGGAGGAAAAAAAGGUGGUUUAGGAGGAGCUGGUGGUAGUGGAGCUAAAGGAGUAGAUUUAGGUGGAGUUGGAGGAAAAGGAGGUGAUGUAGGUGGAGCUGGAGAAAAGGGAGGCGUUUUAGGUGGAGAUGGAGUGGCGUUAGGUGGAGAUAAAGGGGAUGAUUUAAGUGGAGUUGAAGGAAAAGGAGGUGAUUUAGGUGUUGGAGGAAAGGGAGGUGAUUUGGGUGUAGCUGGAGGAAAAGAAGGCGCUUUAGGUGGGGAUGGAGUUGGGUUAGGGGGAGCUAAAGGAGAUGGUUUAGGUGGAGUUGGAGGAAAAGGAGAUGCUUUAGGUGGGGAUGGAGUUGGGUUAGGCGGAGCUAAAGGAGAUGGUUUAGGUGGAAUUGGAGGAAAAGAAGGUGGUUUAGGAGGAGCUGGUGGUAGUGGAGCUAAAGGAGUAGAUUUAGGUGGAGUUGGAGAAAAAGGAGGUGAUGUAGGUGGAGCUGGAGAAAAGGGAGGCGUUUUAGGUGGAGAUGGAGUGGCGUUAGGUGGAGAUAAAGGGGCUGAUUUAAGUGGAGUUGGAGGAAAAGGAGGUGAUUUAGGUGUUGGAGGAAAGGGAGGUGAUUUGGGUGUAGCUGGAGGAAAAGAAGGCGCUUUAGGUGGGGAUGGAGUUGGGUUAGGUGGAGCUAAAGGAGAUGAUUUAGGUGGAGUUGGAGGAAAAGGAGAUGUUUUAGGUGGGGAUGGAGUUGGGUUAGGUGGAGCUAAAGGAGAUGAUUUAGGUGUAGCUGGAGGAAAAGAAGGCGCUUUAGGUGGGGAUGGAGUUGGGUUAGGUGGAGCUAAAGGAGAUGGUUUAGGUGGAGUUGGAGGAAAAGAAGUUGGUUUAGGAGGAGCUGGAGGAAAAGAAGGCGUUUUAGGUAGGGAUGGAGUUGGGUUAAGUAGAGCUAAAGGAGGUGAUUUAGGUGGAGUUGGAGAAAAGGGAGAUGUUUUAGGUGGGGAUGGAGAUGGGUUAGAUGGAGCUGGUGGCAGUGAUCUUGAUUCUACGUUGAAGAAACACGAGAAAUUGCUGGGAGCCGAUGGUGAUUCCAGUAAUUCAGAGGGUGCUACGGAUGAUUUAGGAAAGAAAGGCAAAAUAUUGAAGAAAGAUGGUAGUAAAGAUGAUGGUGCUCUAGAAAAGAAAGAUGACAUUUUGAAAGGAAGUGGAAAUGAAGGAUUGAAAGAAAAAACUCCUCCUAUUGCUGAUGAUAAGAAAGCCUGAGUUAAUCGAACGUGUGAAAAAUGAAAAUAUUCUUAUUUGAGACAUUACAUCUUAUUUGCCUAUUAUCAAAUUUUUAUCAAUUAAAUUAAUCAAGUAGAAGAAGAACUAUAAUUCUAUAAUUGCAAUAUAAAUGCUAUAUUUUAAAUUAUAGAUUUUGUUUAUAAUACAAAUGAAACUUGAAUAGAUUGUCUUUUUAGCCUGGAAUCAUUAUUAAAGAAUUUGAAUAUUUUCUGAUUUUA